AUGAACACUGCCCAGGACUCGUCAGAAGUGGUCAGGAAACAGGCUCAGUUGCACUUGCGUAUGUGGUGGAAUGAUCUAGAUGAAGAUGGUCAGAAGUGGGUGAAAAAGCAAUUGGGUGCCCUUAUAAACAUUUUGGAAAUCAAACCACGGGAAGAUCUAAUCAAGGCUUUGGUAACUUUCUGGGACCCUGUCCACGAUGUUUUUCGUUUCUCGGACUUUGAGAUCACCCCUACUUUGGAGGAAAUGGCCGGGUACAUUGAGUUUGGUUGGGAUUUAAGGAAGCAACAACUUAUAUUUCCGAGGACUCCUUCGGUGCACAAGUUCUUUGACCUCCUGAAUAUCAGUAAACAGAUGAAGAAGGCCCAUGUAAGCAAAGGUUGUUGUUCUUUCCAUUUCUUGUACUUCAGGUUCGGGCACUCAGCCGGGUUCGAAAUGCAUGAAAAGAGUUUGAGCAACAAACAAAAUAAGGGCCUUUGGCAAAUUCAUCGCCAGUUCACUUUUAUUGUGGCGUUUUUAGGGAUCAUGGUUUUUUCAAAUGAGGAAGGGACAGUGGAUACUCGUAUGGUCAGAAUUGCACAAAUCUUCACUACCAAGGAAGAUCAUACACUUGUCCCGUUAGUGUUGGCAGAUAUUUAUCGAGCAUUGACAUUAUGCAAAGCUGGGGAUCAAUUCUUUGAAGGUUGCAAUAUCCUUCUUCAAAUGUGGUUGAUCGAGCAUCUUCACCAUCACCCCAAAUUCAUGAGCUAUGGUUCGAGCCCGGAUAACUUCAUUACAAGUUACGAGGAAAAGGUAAAGGACUACAACGUGCCAGAAGGGUUUGAAGCCUUGGUCUCCCUCUUGAAAGCUUUCAAAGAAAGUCAGGUCGAGUGGACAAUAGGAUGGCUCCCGAUGACAGAAGCCAUAUACAUGACGGCUACCAAGGGUUACCUGAGAUUGAUGGGUGUGAGAAGUAUCCGGCCAUAUGCACCGCAGAGGGUUUUGAGGCAGUUAGGAAGAUAUCAGAUUGUGCCCGAAGAUGAAGAUCUAACCACCCAAGUCAUUGAGCUACAUCCAGGAGCUGCAUUGCCCGAGGCUUUAGUUCAGCGGGAAUAG